AUGAUGAUGAGCAAGCCCCAAGAGGCGGCCGCCAAACCGGCGGAAGCCAAAAAGACGGAUGCCGUUGCGGAUCUAGAACGUCGCCUUGCCAUGUUGGGUGACGAUGACCCGCCUCCCCCCAUGGAAGUGGCCGAGCAACAACAACCCCCUGCCUUUGCGGCUCCUCCUGCCGUAGCGGAAGCUCCAGCUGCUACCGGAAAGAAUGCCUUGCUGGCACGCAUCAUGGCGGCUCAGGAACGUGCCAAACAGGCCAAGCCCACGGCGGCACCCGAGGCACCACCACCCGACAUUUUUGACAUGGCGCCUCCUCCAGCUGCUGCUGCGACUCCUCCUCCGGCGUUUGACGAUGCCGCUUUCAUGGCUCCUCCUCAGGAAGAAGCUCCUCCUGCCUUUGACAUGUUGGGAGACGCAUUCGAUCUAAAGCCACCACCCGCUACGAUGGAACCAGCCGCUCCUCCCAGUUAUGCCACGGCACCACCGGCUCCUUCGGCCCCGACAUUUGAGGAUUUACUGGGAGGAACAGCUCCGCCUGCCGAGCAACUACUUCCACCUCCACCCAUGCCGGUGGAAGCGCAACAACCACCAACAGAGGAAUUUGAUGGAUUGGAAGGUCUUUCGGAAGCGGAAAGGAAUGCUUUGUUGGAAGAGCAGAGACGAAUUAUGGCAGAAAUUGAACAAAACAAGGCCGCUGGAAAAGCGCCUUCUUCGGCCAUUUCGGCUGCGGAUGCCUUUGAUCAGAGGAGCAAUGCAGCCGUGGCGAGGAUUGCGGGAGGAGAUCGCGUCAGGCUCCCUGGAAGUAGUACUAGUAGUGGUGCUGCUGCUGCUUCGGCGAAGCGCACGGUCAAAGUGAACGACAACCAGGAGGUGGCCCUGCAUGGCCAGGAACGAACACGUGCCGCCAUUGCCGAUGUGGUGAGCCCCGUGGAUAGAGACAAUGCAGUCACGUCCAAAGAGGAAGCGUUGCAGAUGGAAGCCGAUCGAAAGCUGGCCGAAGAACUUCAAAAGGAAGAGUACGGCGCGGCAGAACGAUCGGAACGCAGACAGAGACGUGCUCAGCAGCAACCGCGACAACAGGAGGCGCAGCAGGACAAAAAGGAUGAUUCUUGGUGGGGUUGGCUCGGAUUUGGAGGCGCUGAUGCAACCACUGCUACGACUCCCCAGCCUCAAACGCAACGGCAGACGCCUCAAUACCGGGGUGACAUGGGAGUGUCACGUCCUCCAGGUGCUGGUGGAUUGCAGGCAGUCAACACGGGUUCGUAUGACGGCGAGGAUCGCAGGUUGCUGGGAAACAGUGGCGGCGCUGGAGGAGCUCGUGUGGCGGAAUCCAAGCCACUGUUUGCGUGUGUGGCGGAUGGCGUCGCAGCGGCAGCCACUUCCUUCACGGGUGCAAUGAAUACGCAAAGUCUCGCUGCCGACGACGAAGGAAAUGUCCACGGAGUCGAUGGAUCAUCGCUGCUUGUUGUCUCACAAGCUGGUCGCAAUCAACCUGGCAACUAA